AUGCGUCUUGUUAACCUCGCUGCUCUUGCCUGCGCUGUGAUCAGUGCCAGCGCAUUCGACUUCCCGGAAUUUGUCCCUCUGCACCGGCGUCAGGAGGCCGGCACUCCAGCAUAUGAGUGCCACGCCAACUGCGGCGGCGUGAUUGUCGAUGGCCGUACUGACGGGUACUGUGAUACCGAUGAUUUCACGACCGAGUUGGCUGCUUGCUUGGAAUGUGCCGUUGAGUAUGACAUUUGGCAAUACUACGGAACCUCCGUGUCAAAGGCCGCUACUGCGUGUGGAUUGGAUGCCACCCCGGUCGAAGCCUCUUCCACCACUACAUCUGCCAGUGCAACCACUACGUCUGCUAGUGUAACCACUGCAUCGGAUAGUGAGACCACUACAUCCGACAGUGCUAGCACUACCGAGACUGCAGAGGAGAGUGUCGCUUCCGCUGAGAGCACUGCUGCGGCGACCACCUCUGCUAGCACUUCGAUCGCGACAACUUCCACUGCUUCUAGCACUCCUUCCUCGACCCCCGUCUACACUGGUGGUGCUAUGAUUAAUAUGGGCAGCGGACUGGUGUCUGGUGCUGUUGUCGGUUGUCUCCUUGCAGCCUUCCUGUAA